AUAAGAGGGAUUUUGGGGGAAGAAAUAGUUGAGAAUGUUCUCAGAAUGCUUGAAAAUGGGGGGGAUUAUAUGAAAUUUGUUUUAACGGGGAGAAUUAAGGACAAAAAGAAGCGUACAGAUGUUCAUAAGGCGGUGAGAGAAGUUUUUAAAGGAAUACUAGAUACAAGAACAACAAAUGAAGAAGAAAUAAGGAUAACAUUUUCAAAGAAAAAUGAUAGUUCAUAUGGAAAUUUCUGGGUAGAUGUUGGAGGAGAAUACUGUUUAUUUUAUCUAUACAAGGAAAAUAUGGAUACAAUGGAAUGUAUAAAUGUGCUUUGUAGAUAUUUACAUGUAAAACCCCGAAUUUUUUCAUUUGCAGGAACAAAAGAUAGAAGGGGAUGUACAGUUCAACAAUGUACAGCAUGGAAAAUAAAGGCAGAGAGACUUUCAGGUCUAAAUAAAUAUCUUAAAGGUUUUAAAUUAGGGAAUUUUUCAUAUACAAAUGUUAAAUUGGAAUUGGGUGAUCUUAAAGGGAAUGAAUUUACAAUUAUUUUGCGUGAUGUUAAAGAGGAGGAUGAAAUUAUAGAUGAAUGUUUAAAUUUAUUAAAAAAAAAUGGUUUUGUUAAUUAUUAUGGAGUACAACGAUUUGGAACAUCAAAUAAUGCAACUCAUGAAGUUGGUAUUUUACUUUUGAAGUUUAAUUGGAGAGGGGCAGUAGAAUUAUUACUUAAAGAAGCUUGGGAAAAGAUUAAAGGAACCAUUGAAAUGAAUGAAACUAUUGAAUCGAAAGGAAUUUGGUCUAAUAUAGAAAAUGUAAAGAUUGCAUUGAAAAAUACAUGUCAAAAAAAUGUAUCAGAAUAUUCUAUUUUACAUUCAUUGGCAAAAGAAUCAUCUAAAUCACCUAAUUAUGCAGGUGCACUUCAAAAAAUACCUAGAAAUUUAAGAAUGAUGUAUAUUCAUGCUUAUCAAUCUUAUGUGUGGAAUUUUGCAGUUACAGAGCGUCUUUCUAGAUUUGGAUUUAAUCCUAUAGAGGGUGAUUUGGUUGUUUGUGAUCAAAUUGUUAAUUCAAAUGACGAUUUGAUAGAUUCAGAAUGUUCAGAUUUACAAUUAGAAAAAUUGACUAAAUCUUCUAAGAUCAUUUCUGUAAAACAUUUAAAAAAGGAUGAUCUUUCAAAUUAUUCAAUUUAUGAUAUUGUUUUGCCUACACCAGGACAUGAUAUUUUAUAUCCAGAAAAUUGUAUUAAGGAUUUUUAUUUAGAUUUUAUGAAGAAAGAUGGUUUAGAUGGUUUAAAUAUGGUUCGUUCUAUAAAAGAAUUCUCUCUAACAGGUUCAUAUCGGCCAAUUGUAUCAAAACCAAAAAUGAUGCAAUGGGAAAUCAUAUAUUAUAAUAAUCCAGAAGAACAACUCUCUAUUACAGACAUUGAUAUUAUAGAAAAUCGUGUUUUAAAUAACACUGUCAAUAAAAAAGAUGGUUCUUUUAAGGCAGUCAAAUUGAAAAUGCAACUUGCAAGUUCUUCUUAUGCUACUAUAGCUUUAAGAGAAAUUACAGAAGGAAAUACGUUAAAUCCUUAAAACGUAUUUUUAACUUAUUAAAAAAUAUAUAUUAUUUUAUAUAA